CGCGCGACGGACUGAUGUCUGAUCUAGUUUAUCCAUCAUGGCCGUCACGUCCCUACGCUUGUGUGCCGAUCGCGUUCUCCGUUAACAACGAUUAGGGAUAUAAAAAUAAAAAUAUAAAAAUAAUAACAACAACGGUAAUACAAUAAUCGUAAAAUCGAAACAUCAAUUAUAACGAAUGUGGCCGCGAAACUAAGUGCGUACGGUGUUUAGUUGCCUCGUUUUUUAUUUCUCCGUUGAUUAUGCACUCAUCGCGAUUGUCCGACCGCUGUGCGACGAGCGUACGUUAAGCAGUGCGGUUUGUGUGCGUGUCGAUGGGAUCGGGCCUCGAGAGCCAUGAAGCCGUACGACAAAUCGAACUCUUUUAUGAGGAGGGUCACGAAACGCGUGUCCGAAUACCUACCCGGAAUGACGUGGAUGAAUACGCUGAUCAGCGAUGCGCAAACCGAUGACGACCCUACGUCAACGACUGAAAACGACGAUCAACCUCCAGUGAAAAAACUGUGCACAUCCAAUAACUCAUUUACAAACACCAAAUACCAGCCUACAAAUUCAACUGAUAACCACAGAAGUUCAAAUGUAAAUGUCCUAUUGCCAGAGAUAUCUGCAGUUACUUGUAUACCAAGUACAAGUAAACAAAGUCCAAAAUUUACAAGCCUAUCAAGUGCUUCCUUACAAAGCCAUGAUGUUGGCAAUAGAAGUUGUCUUAAAAGAAAAUCUGACGUGAUAGAUUUGUCAAAUAUAAACAGACCAAGUUCAAAAACACCUUUCAAUUUUGCUUCAUCAACACCUGCAGUAGUUACAGCAAAUAAGCAACCAGUUGCAAUUAGUUUAAAAAGAUCAUUAAAUUUAGAACAAUUAUCUACUAGUAAUGAAUGUUUAACGCCAACUUCAUCAAAAUUAAUAAAGCCGAAUUUAAUUUUAGGGGAGAAUGAAUCACAUCAACAAUCUUCUCUAAAAUUGCACGAAACCUCAACAAAUCAUGGAUUAUCAGCAUCAUUUAGAUGGGAUACGUUUGUCAACUAUGGAGAAUUGUCAGAGCGUCAAAAAUUGUUUGCCCAAAAGUCACCUUUAAAUUGUUCUCAAGUUAUGUAUGGGGGCAGUUCUGCACGUUCAAACUUAUCAAAAAUUUUAGGUAAUACUCCGCCCAUUCAUAGAAAAGCGGUGAUUCCAAUAUCUCCUUCAAAUAAUAGUGAAAUUAGAACAACCUCGUCCAUUCUUCUGGGCCAUAUUUCUACUAAGAACAAGGAAAUUGAAGAAAAUACAUUUAUUAUUCAACCUAAAGUGCAUCAAAGGCAUAAAGCAGAUCAAAAAAAUGUACCAAUUAAAGUAGAGUCCACGGUGAAAAUUGUUGAAACACCUGAGAAAGCUGAUAGCAAAUCUUGUGAAAUCUCGUCAACUUAUUCCGGCCAAGUAGAUUCCAAUGCAGCAAGGAAACUUAGAGUAAAUCUUUCCAAAAAGGGGCGUGGUACCAAGGCUGAACUUGAAAUGCCUGCUGAAGUCAAUUUACCCAGGAUUUCUUUACCAAUGACUGCAUUACCAAAUAUCAAUUUAUCAAAUACAUUUGCUGAGGAUAAUGAAUUCACAUUCAAUCAACCAUUAACUAUAGAACAGUUUAGUUCACAACUUGCAGAAAAAACGUCUAGAAAAACACAUAAAAUGACUUUGAAGAAAUCACAAAAUACUAAUAAUGAGGUAAAUAGUAAAGAUCAAUGUAGUACAAAAAUUCGAAGUACAAAUAUUAAUAUAUCUCCAAGUGAAUCUUUUAUUAAAGAAUCUAAGAAAGUAUCAAUUACGAAUAAUGAUACUGCAAUUGAGAAUCUUAAUAAAAAUAACAAGUUGUCACAAUUAAGUAAGUUUGUUGAUGAUCCUAAAAAUUCUCCCAAAACAUCAUUGCCAUGUUCUGGAUCUAAAUUAGAUUUUACAAAACCUGCAAAUAAAAUAGUUGACAACUCACCUAAAAAAUUAGAAAGUAAUAAUAAAAAUCAAUUAGUACCAGAAAAGUCAUCAACUGAACCCAAAAAAUGGUCAUGUGAUACUUGUUGGGUUUCUAAUAAUGCUGAUGUAGUAAAGUGUAUUGCAUGUCAAGCUCCCAAGUCUGAGAAAUCUCAAACACCGACAUUCAAUGUUAUAAAAAAAUCAAGUACAUGGACUUGUGAAACUUGUUGGGUUCCCAAUAAAAAUGAAAUUGAAGUAUGUGUUGCAUGUCAAACACAGAAGCCCGGAACUACAAAAAAAAGUGUAGUACAGAGUAAUUCUUGGACUUGUGAUGGUUGUUGGGUGAAAAAUAAAAGUGAUUGUACGACUUGUAUUUCAUGCGGGACAGUAAAGCCUGGGUCUGUACCAGAAAAUAAACCUUUGCCUUCAACUCAAUUUAAAUUUGGAUUGAAUAACAAUACUUUUGAAAAUUCUGGCGCUAGUCAGUUUAAAUUUGGAUUUGAUAGUAAAAUUGAUCAACCAUCUAAUAAUCAGUUUGAAUUUGGAAGUGCUGCUCCAUUUACAAGUUCUGAUACUAAAAAAUUAGAUACUCCUGCUAGUGAAUUUAAAUUUGGCAUAGUUAACAAUGAAAAAGAUCAACCACCUAGUACAUUUAAAUUUGUAACUGAUAGUAUAGCUAGUGUGCCAGUAAAGAAAUUAAAUGAGGGAUCAAAUAUCAAUAAUACUGAUCACCCUGAAACCCAGUUUAAGUUUGGUUUUCAAUCUAAAACAGACCAACCUGAAAGUCAGUUUAAGUUUGGGCUUAGUGCCACAACUAAAAAACCAAUUGCACAAUAUAAGUUUGGUUCAGAUAAGACCGAAACUGAAAAAUCUGUUCAUCAAAACCUUGUUGUUAAUAGUAAUAUUGUUACUCAAUCAUCAAAUGAAUUUAAGUCACUAGUAAACAACAUAAAUAAAGAAUCUGAAAAUUCAUUAGAAUUACAGAACAAAAGUAAUAAGCGUAAAGUUAAUGAUUCAAGUGAAAAUUCAAGUACCCAAGUAUCUUUUGGAUCUGUCGAAACUAACUGUAAUAACUCAAUUCCAAGUAUAAAUGUUGGGCCUAAAAGUGAAGAUCUAUCUAAAAAGAAAUUUGUAUGGGAUACAAAAGUAAAAAAAAUUGAUAUUAAGCCAAUAUUAAAUUUUGGUUCUACUCAGCCUGUUCAAUCUGCAAUUGAAAAUACAAAUCAGUUAGUAAAUGGUCAUUCACAUCCUAAUGAAACAUUAAAUGAUGAUCAAAAGCCAGGUUUGAUUAAGACUUCUCAAUUAUUCAGUUUUGGUUCAUUGGCAAAACAAGAUCAAAAUGUUCCCGUUGACCAAAAAAGUCCUAAAAUGUUUACAUUUGGAUCAGCCACAAAUGAUAACAAACCAUUUACAUCAUCAAUAAUGGGUACUAGCAGCUUUCCUAGUACUGCUCCAGUGUUUGGUGCAAGUAAUUCAAUGUUUGGUAGUGGACCUACUACAUCUACUCCAGCAACAUUGGGUUCUUCUAUACUUACACCUCAAUUUUCAUUUGGUUCAUUGGCUCCACAGAUUCCCAACAGUUUUUUUUCCCAGACUGCAAACGACAAUGAUAAAAAGCCAUUGGCUCAAACUUCAAAUUUAUUCAGUUCUUCGAAUAAUGUUGGAUUUUCAUUUGGUGCACAAUCUUCACCCGUAUUUAGUGUUCCCAGUGCUGGAGGGCCCACAAAAAUGUCUACUACGGAUGUUGAUCAGACUAAAUGUACAUCAAAUAAUAUAUUCAAUCAGCCAAGCACGAAACAAACUGUUAAAUUAGACCCUAACGCACCUAUAUCCAUUAAUUUUACUGGUGGAGCAACUACUCAAUUUACUGCCAAACCAGAAACAGCUGAGCAACCUCCUAAAAGAAAAAUUUUAAAACCAGUUAGAAGGAUUCGAGGUAUUCAAAAUACAAAAAUCAUAACCAUGAACAAGGACGAUGCCUUGUUCGAAUUUGAUGCGCCCAAGACGUUCGUCAACCUUUACGAGGUUGCAAAUGCCAAUUAUGAUGGCGCUGAUAGAAUUUUUGAUUUUGUCGAAAAAAUGGAAAAUGCUAAAUCUGAACCGAAUUUGGGGAUUGUCAAAAAAUCAACUAUGAAUAGCAAUGAUGCUGAAGAUGAAAAUAAAGAAAAUUUUGCACCUGAUGAUCAGUUUGAUGAUCAAAAUAUCAAUUCAUUGGCUCAUCAAUUAAUUCGUUCUGCAAAGAAGUCAAGAUCAUCAAAAUUACAUAAUAGACACUCAAUUACUGUGGAAGGAAUUGAACUAGAGUUGCCGCGGAUCAAACACCAUGCUAUGAUUACCAGACUUGAUGAACUAGAAAGCACGCCUAAAUUAGAUUUGCGUACUCGUUCUGUUGUUAAAUCUGACUACAAAUAUGAACACAUUAAAUCAGGUUCGCAAGAUAAUCUUAUAUUAGAUAAAAGUUCAAAAAAAUUCAUGAGUAUUGCUGAAAAAGUCAGGAAUUUCUUCAACAACACACCGCCUAGGUUUCAUUCUAAACCCACUGUCUCAGCUGGUUCAAAGGUUUUCAAAUCUAGAAGUCUCUUCCCCGGUGCAUUUGAGCCAAGUAUUAGCUCAAAUAAUACUAAUAACAUAAUAGAAAAUAAACCAACACAGGGCAGCAAUGAAAACAAACAGAUUUAUAAUAACCAUAAUAUUAAUAUUCCCACAAGCAGUAUCAAAGUGCCAAACAAACCCCAAAAGAUAAAAGUUCUCAACUCUCAAGGUGGAGUUCAAGUGGUUGAAAACAAAGAACUGGCUCAUGGUGGUAUUCGAGUACUUGAGAAACAAUUGCAUACUGUUCCAAAACCUUUUAGUUUUGAAUCUCGUAAAUCGUGUGCUACUAAACCUCAAAAUGUAAAAAGUACAGAGCAACAGUGGUCAUUUAAAGCACGGCCAGCUACGGUCCUAAAAAAGAAACCAUUUGUUCCCAAGCACGAAAAAAAAUAUACUGAACCAAAAAAUAUACGUUUAAAUACUGAAAGACGUGCUCAAGAAUGGAUGGUUUUUGAACUUGAAAUGAAGGAGAAGUUUUCACAAUAUGAAGAAAACUCAAGAAUGAGACAAGAAGAAAUGAAAAAAAAAGAAAUGGAUAUGAUAAAAAAUAUGCGGCAACAAACAAUUCAUAAACCAGAACCAAUAAAAAAAUAUAAGCCAGUUUUAAUAAGAAAAUCUGGAAGACCAAUUACUGUUCCGCAAAGUCCUAGGUUUUCAAUCCGUCCAAAUAGAAAUUGUUUAAACCCCAUAUGUGAACAACUUUAAAUAUUGAUAUCAUAGAAGAAUUUAAUCUGAUUAUCAACAUUUAUUUUUAUAUUAUACUAUAUUUUUUUUUUUAAUCAUUAAUAUGUUUUUAAUUUCUUAUUUUUUUUUUUAUUUAAUGGUAAAUAUUAGUACGACCAAUGUAUUGUAAAUAUCAAAUUUUAUUGACUGGAAAUAAUGAGUUUGAGGAUAAACUUUAAAUAACAUUUUAAUAGGAAAGGAAUAAUGAAUAUUGUUAAGAAAAAUUUGUCUUCUGUGUUUUACAAAAUUGUUUAUUUGAUGUAUGACAUACUUAUCUCUUUUAAUAAAUUAGCACUUAUUCUGUACUAUAUUUUUAGAAUAUUAUAAUACAUCAUGUUACUAUACUCUAUUCAUAUUAUGAAAUAUACUUUGUGCUGACACUUAGGUGGACACACAUCUGUUUGUUA